CCAAUGAGGACCCGAGUCCCGGCGAUCUUCCGCCCGCGGCCGCCGCCGCUGCGCGUCAGGGCGUGGGAGAUCGGUGUCUGGGGAGCGCUCGUCCCCUCAGCGUUUCCGUGUCGCCGGUAGCUCAGCUUCGAGCUAAAUUUUACCACUUAGGAUAAUGGAGACACAUGAUUCUGUUGACAUGUUUGCAAAAGUUCUAGAGAAUCAGCUGCUUCAGACUACCAAACUAGUAGAAGAACAUUUGGAUUCUGAAAUUCAGAAACUGGAUCAGAUGGAUGAGGAUGAAUUGGAGCACCUCAAAGAAAAGAGACUUGAGGCACUAAGAAAAGCUCAGCAGCAGAAACAAGAGUGGCUUUCUAAAGGACAUGGAGAAUACAGAGAAAUUACUAAUGAGAGAGAAUUUUUUCAAGAAGUGAAGGAGAGUAAAAAAGUGGUUUGCCAUUUCUACAGAGACACCACAUUCAGGUGUAAAAUAUUAGACAGACAUUUGGGGAUCUUGUCUAAGAAACAUCUUGAGACCAAAUUUUUGAAGCUGAACGUGGAGAAAGCACCUUUCCUUUGUGAGAGACUCCGUAUCAAAGUCAUUCCUACACUAGCACUGGUAAAGGAUGGAAAAGCGCAAGAUUAUGUUGUUGGGUUUACUGACCUAGGAAAUACAGAUGACUUCACCACAGAAACUUUAGAAUGGAGACUUGGUUGUUCUGAUAUUCUUAAUUACAGUGGAAAUUUAAUGGAGCCACCAUUUCAAAGCCAAAAGAAAUUUGGAACAAACUUCACAAAACUGGAAAAGAAAACUAUCCGAGGGAAGAAAUAUGAUUCAGACUCUGAUGAUGAUUAAAGAUCAGUUAAAAUUCUUUGUAACUCAUCUUUUUACUUUACAGUCACACUUUAAUUUUUUAAAUUUUGUUUCAGUACAUUGGUCAUGUAAUGCUCAUGGAGUUUUAUACAAUUGCAUCACAAUGAAAGAUAUGUUUAAGUUCAGGAAAACUUGUCUAGAUUCUCUAUUUUUGAGAUUUAUUUUAUCGCAACAUGGUUCUUACCUCUUUAUACCAUUCACAAUUGCAUUUUUUAACUACUAGAUUGGAAAUAGGAAUUCAGCCAAUUGUUCAGGACCAAUUCUUAAUGUUACAAUAGGUUGAGUGACACUUAGUAUAACAGACUGUACUUGUUAAAAGAAUUAUAAAUACUCUUCACUUCUGGAGUACAUUUAAAAAACUAAUAAAGAACUCUGCUUAUUUAUUUCGUA